AUGACCAUACUGUCUGAGUCUAGCACAGUAGCGUGGCACGAUGGUGCCACGUGGCAGCACCAAGUUCCCUGGUGGUUAGCCUUCGUUCCAUGGGCUGGAAUAGCAGCCGGAACGUUGUUCCUCGCGUAUCGCCUUGUGUAUGUGCCGUACCGCAUAGUGCGACGGUGCAAGAAGCAAGGCAUUCCCUUCCUGCCGUUCAAGCCUCUCAUUGGUCAAGCGCUCGACCUCUACCGUCGCACCCCUCUCUCUGCCCCACUGUCCCCCAACCAAACCCCCUCUCCCGCCUCCUCCUCCGCCUCCGCCUCCCCCUCCUCCGCGUCCCCCUCCUCCGACUCUCCCCCCUCCACCCACGGCCCGGCUGUGUUGCUUCCGCGGCUGCACCAGUGGCGCGAGCAGUAUGGGGACGUGUUCGGGUUCACUGUAGGGACCACGAUGCAUGCAGAACACAAUCAAGACACAGUGCUUCUGGGUCCACCACUCUCAUCCCCUCUCUUCUCACCUUCCCUUUUCCCUCCCUGUUUUCCCCUCCCCGCGUCACUUCUCCUCAUCCAUCCCGUCCCUUCAUCUCCCCACUCCCUGACAGGCCCUCCUUACAGCGCUCACCUGACAGGCCCUCCUUACAGCGCUCACCUGACAGGCCCUCCUUACAGCGCUCACCUGACAGGCCCUCCUUACAGCGCUCACCUGACAGGCCCUCCUUACAGCGCUCACCUGACAGGCCCUCCUUACAGCGCUCACCUGACAGGCCCUCCUUACAGCGCUCACCUGUCCUCUCUGUCUUCCUCCAUCCACUUGUGUCAUCCCUGCCAGCUUCUCGUAUCAAGCAGCGGGCGGGUCACCAAGACAGAGAGUGCGCGCAAGAUACUGAGGCUGCUGGGCAACGGGCUGCCGCUCUCAGAGGGGUCUCUGUGGGCGCGGCAGCGCCGCAUCAUCAACCCCGCAUUCCGCCCCGCCGCCAUCAGGGCGAGUUGA